UAUGAUAGUUGUAGAGAAAAUGAUGAAAUAUUAGAAAAUCUGGAAAUCACAGAACAAGAUAUAGUUAACAUAGAUACUGUAGCCUCUGGCUAUCAUUCAGAAGUCUCAGAUAUAUUUGAUAAGGACUUGCAAACCUUGAAAGAGUCAGCAAGAAAAAGCACUAAAUGUGCAAAAGAUACCUCUUCAAAAACUG